GGUGAAUUAAUUCUUCCCACGUUGUAAAGCUAAAGGUCAAAUUAAAGUAGUACUCUCCAUUUCCUCAUGCUUUUGCUUCCCACUAAUAUAAGUGGCGAUGCAUCGAGACGCUUUGGCCAAAAUUGUUGCUGCACACGUGGCAGCUGCCACCCCCGUUGGUCUCGCCGUCAUGCAUUUCCGCCGCCGCCAAUCCGCUCUCUCAAAGGAUGAUCUCAACCGCCUUGCUCCGAUCCUCCAUCAGACCGGCUCCGGCCGCCUCGGAAAAAUCGAGAAAUUUUCCCAUUAUCUUGCAAGGCAAAUUGGAUUUGAGGAUGAAAAGGAGUGCCCUCAGCUGAUUAAAUUGGCGUAUGAAUAUCUCAAGAGAUCCAAAGGAGUUGAUGAUAAAAUAUAUGAGUAUUUCUCAAAGCAGCCAAAUGCAGAGGAUUUGUAUGUCAAUUUGGUUGAAGAAUUUGAAAGAUGCAUUCUUGGAUACUUGGCUUUUCACUGGAGUCAUGCCUCCCACUUAAUUACUCAGGUUCUAUUAAUUGUUUUUAUGGAAUUUCUCAUAAUAAUUUUUUUGGCUAUUAUUAAUUAUUGGAGAUUAAUUAAUGUGCAGAUACUGAGCCUUGAUUCUGAACAAAAGAGGCUAAAGGAGUUCGUGAUGGCAGCAACGAGGAAACUAAGGUUCGAUAAGAUGACCAAGGACCUUAAAGUGACGAGAGUAUUCUCUACAUUAGUGGAGGAGUUGAAAGCAAUCGGAACGAUAACAUCAAACAAUGAACUAAAUCAUUCGGACGUCAUGGCUCCGGUUGCCCUCAGCCAACGCAGCCCCGUCCUCCUCCUCAUGGGCGGCGGCAUGGGCGCUGGCAAGAGCACUGUCCUUAAGGACAUCAUGAAAGAAUCAUUCUGGUCGGGAGCAGCAGCAAACGCUGUUGUUGUGGAGGCCGAUGCUUUCAAGGAGACAGAUGUAAUCUACCGUGCCUUGAGCUUAAGAGGCCAUCACCAAGACAUGCUUCAAACAGCUGAACUCGUGCACAAAUCUUCGACAGAUGCUGCGUCGUCGCUCCUGGUGACCGCGCUGAACGAAGGGCGGGACGUGAUCAUGGACGGGACCCUGUCAUGGGAGCCGUUUGUUGAGCAGACAAUUGCAAUGGCGAGGAACGUGCACAAGCACCGGUAUAGGAUGGGAGUUGGGUACAAGGUUGAGGAGGAUGGUACCAUCACGGAGAACUAUUGGGCUCGUGUGGAGGGCGAGGGAGACGAAGAGACGAUGAAGGAGAGGAUGAAGCCUUAUAGGAUUGAGUUAGUGGGAGUUGUGUGUGAUCCCUAUCUUGCUGUUGUUAGAGGCAUAAGGAGGGCAAUACAAAUAGGGAGAGCAGUGAGGGUGAAAUCACAGCUGAAAUCACACAAGAGAUUUGCAACUGCAUUUCCAAGAUACACUGAGCUUGUUGAUAAUGCUAGGCUAUACUGCACCAACGCGCCCGGAGGCCCUCCCAGGUUGAUAGCAUGGAAAGAUGGAGAUAGCAAAUUGUUGGUGGAUAGAGAUGAUAUAAAGUGUUUGACAAGGGUGAAAGAGUUGAACGAGGAAGCAGAGUCGAUAUACGAGCUGUAUAAAGAUCCAGCCAUAAUGUAUGAAGCUGAGUCAGUUUGGAAUGAUAUAGUGUUGCACUCUGCUAGGGAUAGUCUUCAGCUGCAGCUUCAAACUGUUGUCAAGAAAAUUGAAACCCAUGUUUCUUCAUGAGAUUUUGUAUUUUACUUCAUGUUGAUCAAUUAGCAGACAAAAUCUGUAUGAAAAGAAUUCUAUUUUCUCUC